UUUUCGAAAAAACCCGAACGAACUUAUUUUUACUCCUAAUAAAACGAUCUGUCCGACCCACGCAUCGAAUUUCAACUUCAAUAGCCCUGUUUGUAUUUCCCCGUACGGUAUCACAUAUCAAUGAAAAGAUCAUUGACAUUUUCCCUGCCCAAAUAUAAUUUUUAUGAUCAACCCGACUUUGUAGAUUCCUAUCCAGAGGGGGAAAUGCGAAACGCUUCAUGUUGAUUUGUCAUGCGGAAGAUAAGGGCGACGCUCAAUUGAUUGAAUCUUUAUCUUCACCAUAAUGUGUUAAAUCAGUAAAAGAGCAACACGUUAUGACCGAAUACCCGAUUAUCCCCUUAGUUUUGUUAUCGUAUUCACUAUGUACCGUAUACUCACGGGUUAUACAUCUCCAAAACUCCAAAAACCAAUUCAAAAUCAAUGUGAACGGAAAUGAUGAAAGCGCAACAGUUGCAGCAUACGAAUAUUAUAGGGGAAACAGUAGCAUAAAACACCACGAGGUAAAAAGGAACGAAAAUCCUGUUCGUAAAACUGAGCACACUAUCAAUAUCACAUUAGCUUCCUCGUUCGAGAAACAGAAAAAAUAUGAGGAUAAAAAAUUAUCUAACUGUUUGAAGGUUACUUGCGAGAGAAAUACUUCUUAUGAAAUAUGUUUUUCACGAGGAAAUUUGAGGAGGCGUCAGGUCAAGAAACGGAUGAAAAACAAAUUAUGUGAAAAUUCAAUGGUCCAGGAUGGAUCGAAAACAGAAAUUCAUUCACCAAACGUGAAACCUUUCACAUCGUACGGUACAUCUAACAAUACGGAAUUGAAAAAACGAUGUUGCAGACACCACCUCAAAUUCUAUUUCAAGUAUUUCCCAGUUUUACAGACUUACCAAGUCGAACUUCUGGAAUCUAUAGAAAAAAAUAUCAUACUUUCAACCAUACUGGACGUAAGCUUCACAAUGUCGAUUUUUUCCCUAAUUUUUUUGACCAUGACAAUAUCGAGAAAACUGAGGGAGGAGAGAGGAAACAUAAUCCUGAUUCAUUUCUGCAUUUCGAUCAUCGUACAAAUUAUAUUGAGUAUUAUUAUAUGUCGAUUUGAGAUGGACGUUACCGCAUCAAAAAUAAUGAGUUUCACUUUUCAAUAUUUCACUUUGGUGGAGUUCGCCUGGACGUCAGUGAUUGCAUUCACACAAUACAGAAGGUACGUUACAAUCAUAUACUGCGACCAAAGCUAUUCGAUCGCGAAAAUAUCCACCGUAGUUUACAUCAGUUCAGCCAUCCCAAUAGCAGUCAGGGCAAUAUGGGAUCCCGAUCAUAGCAAAUUUAUGACCUACCUAACGUUCAGCCUUCCACAGUUUAUAACAUUGAUCAUAAAUUUCGUUAUACUCUUUUUGAUAACUAGGAAUAUAAUGUGUGUUAGAGCUUGGUAUCCUCACCAGAAAAGAGGCGUAUCACGGGAGGCUAAAUUGGUGUUUACGCUUUUUUUGAUACUGGAUUUAGGCUGGAUCAUAGCGCUGUUAGCUAUUUUGACAUCGAACAUAUUAUUCGCAUAUAUUUUCAUCUACACUCAAUCUUUACAAGGAUUCGUACUGUUCUUCGCAUUCAUCGUUAUGAAUAGAUGUAAUCGGGAAAUUCUUAAGAAGAAAUUGACAAAUUGUGGCAAAGAAAAGAGUGAAAUUUCUUCGAGACGUGAAACACCUGCAGUGAUUCACCAGUUAUCCCCAUCCGGUUUAUACGAAUUCAUUUGAAAGAAAUGAGAUAACUCUUCUUUUACUUAUUCUUAUACUGUCCAUUUGAUCUAACUCCACUUUCAGUUUGUAUGGAAAUUAGUUAGUUAUUAUGUAAAUUGAUCUUGAGAAUCAAGAUAUGCGUGGGACGAGAACGAUAAAAAUGUUUAUAUUCAUAUUCGGUCCAUGAAUCCAAACAUUGUGGGAAAUUAGAAGAAAUUAAACGAAUGGUAAAGAUAAUUUAAUGAGA